AUGGUUGUCUCAAGCUCCGUCGUCAUCCCAGGGAAAGAACCUGUUGAAAUAAUAGGAUAUUGGGAAAAAGUACUAUCAUCUAAUGAUGAAAUUACAACAAGUUUAGAACAAACAUCUGGUAUUGACAAAUCAAAGACUACAGAGAAUGAAAUAAGUGCCUCAAUUACAGCUGGGUUUACUUUUGGAGGUGAUGCUUAUGGUGGUACGGCUUCAGUUAGCGCUUCAGCAGGUACUGCAGUCAGAGACACUGUUUCUUAAACAUUGAAUAGCUCUAAAACUCGUAGAAUUGAAGCUAAAUGUUCUAAUCCAGAUAAAGUAAAAAUGACGCUUUGGCAAUGGAGCAUGACUGCAAAGAAAAAUGGAGAGCUGGUUAUGGACUUAACUGAUAAUGAAUUCAUCUGCAAGAAAGGAAGUAAACCCCCUAAAUGUCCAGUUGGAUUUUGCGAUGAUAAUGAUCCCUAAUGCGAAACUUGCAUUUAGGGUACAUUCAAGUGA